AUGCAAUCAAUUCUCCACCCCAUCAUCGGUCCCGCCGGCCCCGAAUCGAAAGAUCUCACAGGUACGGUCAGUGUGAUCACUGGAGGUGCGUUAGGUAUCGGAUUUGAAGUUGCUCGAUUCUUUGCCCUGUAUGGUGGUCAUGUGAUCAUGGUCAACAGAAAGGAAGAACAAGGUGAAAAAGCCAUCAAGGAUAUUGAAGCUCAAGUGAAAGAGAAGGGAUCGAAGGGAUCGGUCGAAUGGGUAGGAUGCGAUUUGGGUGAAUUGAAACAGGUUAAAGAAGUUUUUGGAGGUUUGGCAAAGAGACUUGAUAGACUUGAUUAUUUGAUCUGCUCUUCUGGAAUCAACUCUAAUCAGUUUGGUCUCGAUGCCGAUGGGAUUGAUCGACAUUUCGGGGUGAACGCCUUAGGCCAUUACUACGUUAUCAACCUCCUUUACCCACUCUUACGAAAGACCGCCAAGCUCCCUGGUGUAGAAAAGGGAUCGGUCAGAAUCGUCUUCGAAUCAUCGGAGAUGCAUAGGUUCGCACCUGGAUCGGAAGAUUCUGUAUCAAGAGGAAGAGGAUGUCAUUUCGGUUCGGAAGAAGAGAUCACCGAAGCUGGUAAGGAGCUGGGACCCAUCGAGUUGUACGGAAGGACCAAGUUGGCUAUGAUUUUGUAUUCGAAAGCUAUCAGGGAUAAGGUGAUCAAGAAGAACGGUGAUGAUAUCUACAUUCUCGCUGUUCACCCCGGGGCUGUCAACACCGAUAUGCAAGAGCAGUGGGAGGCAGCAUACCCUGGUAUCACCGGAAAAAUCACCAAAUACCUCACACUGGCCGGUGGUAGAGAUCCCGAACAAGGAAGUUAUAGUGCUUUGUACGCUGCGUUGAGCAAAGAAGUAGUUGAGAAGGACUGGAAUGGUGUUUAUCUCAGUGAUCCUGCAACUCUCGGUAAAGAGACUGCUCAAGGUAGUGAUCUCAACCUUGCUACAUCCCUUUGGGAAUUAAGUGAGAGGAUGGUUAAGCGAAUCCUUGGUGAAGAUGCCUUGGAAAGCUGGAGCAAGUAG